AUAAGGCAAUACACAACAGACAAUUAAGUGUAGAAAGACCUUUGGAGGAACAGAUUGCUGAAGCUGAGGCAGACAAGAAUAGGAAAAUAGCUCCCACAGAAAAUAAACCAGAGUUCAGGAAUUAUUCCUUUGUUGAUGACCUGAACCUGCUAAAAUCAGUAGCAGAAAGAGAGAGGAAUGAAAAGGAGAAGGAGUCAAUUAGAAGCUCUUUGUAUGAACAGCAACUGGCCAUUGAUGAUGCAGACUCCACCAAGAACCGCAGGCUUGUGGAUGACUAUGACUCCACCAAAAGUGGGCUGGAUUAUAAAUUCCAAGAUGAUCCAGAUGGCCUCCAUCAAUUAGAUGGCACUCCUUUGACUGCUGAAGACAUUGUUCAAAAAAUUGCUGCAAGAAUUUAUGAGGAAAAUGAUAGAGGAGUGUUUGACAAGAUUGUUUCAAAACUUCUAAAUCUGGGGCUAAUCACAGAGAGUCAGGCCUAUACCCUGGAAGAUGAAGUGGCAGAGGUUUUACAACAGCUAAUUGCAAAUGAAGCAAAGGAUCGUGAGAAGGAGUCUGAAGAUUUUGAUUAUCCUCCAAGCAGGGCAGACAGUGAUACAAAAGAAAAGCAACAGGAAAGAAUGACACCAAGCAAAGCUGAUCAGGAUAGUUUCAUUAAUGGAGAAAUUGAUGAUACACUGGAUAACACAUGGUCAUCAUCUAAUAUCUUCGAAAGAAGAAAUGAGCUGCCUUCUGAAGAUAAUUUUGAAGACCUCCAAUAUUUUCCAAACUUUUACGCACUAUUAAAAAGUCUUAACUCAGAGACGGAGGCAAAAGAGAAAGAGACCUUGAUAACUAUCAUGAAAACCCUGAUUGAUUUUGUGAAGAUGAUGGUUAAAUACGGAACAAUCACACCAGAAGAAGGAGUUUCCUAUCUGGAAAACUUAGAUACAAUGAUAGCUGAGCAGACAAAGAAGAAGCUUGAGAACCCUUCCACUAAAACCAGAACAAAGCUACCAGCAGGCAAGAGUAGUGAAGAAGCAGACAGUACAAAGGAAGAAGCAGCUAAAAUGGAAAAGGAAUACGAAAUUUCAAAGGAUUCUACAAAAAAUGAAGAACAAAAUGCAGCAGGAAACAGUGAAGAGCCCAGAGGGAAAGCUGAGGCAUAUUUGGAAGCAAUCAGGAAGAACAUAGAAUGGCUAAAAAAACACAACAAACAAGGUAACAAAGAAGGAGAGAUGCUGGGGCUAAGUAAGGCAACCGAGUCGGCUCCCCGUAUAACAACCAGUGCAACUAAGAAAAGGCGACAGGUGAUAGCAGUAGGCGACUCUCUCCUGACAG